AUGGCUCACUUCGAUCCUCUGGAUAUAUUUUCCGAGCUGUCUCAUUCCUUACCCUUCAUGUGGAGCACAUGGCGUAUUUGGGAUUCAAUUCCCGACCUGUGGGGAGCCAGCAAUUACGCCAUGGACGCGGGUGGCUGGACCCAUUCUGGUGCAUCCGCCGUUGGAGAGGGGUUAAUUGUUCCGCCCCACGAACUGCAUCGCGAGAUACACGGCGAAGCGGGGGAGAACAGUCAAGUUGUUCAGCCGGAAGAUCUUCAUGCGGCUGCUUUGGGAAUGUUUGCAGUCGAUUUGUUUAACGCCUCGCCGGCCACUUCGUUACAACUCGCCGGCGCAAAUCCCGCCGCGAUAGGCGGCGAUUCUCCUCAGCAGACGGGGACUCCGCGUCUGGACGUCGAAUCGGCAUCGGAGGAUAACGCCACGGCAGAGCAGCAGCAACGCGAGACCCACAAUGACAAUCCCGCCGCGAUAGCAGGCGAUUCCACUCAGCAGACGGGGACUCCGCGUCUGGACGUCGAAUCGGCAUCGGAGGAUAACGCCACGGCAGAGCAGCAGCAACGCGAGACCCACAAUGACAAUCCCGCCGCGAUAGCAGGCGAUUCCACUCAGCAGACGGGGACUCCGCGUCUGGACGUCGAAUCGGCAUCGGAGGAUAACGCCACGGCAGAGCAGCAGCAACGCGAGACCCACAAUGACAAUCCCGCCGCGAUAGCAGGCGAUUCCACUCAGCAGACGGGGACUCCGCGUCUGAGAGUCUUGGCAUCGGAGGAUAACGCCACGGCAGAGCAGCAGCAAUGCGGGAACGAGGGUGCUGGUGCCGUAGGCUUUGCCGUCGGUGAUAUUGCUGGUGCUGAUGCUGACGCUGACGCUGACACCAAUUUUAAUGCCGACGCUGGUGCAAAAGCUGACGCCACGGCAGAGCAGCAGUACGGGAAUCAGGGUGCUUACGUUGGCGCCCUCGGAGUUACUGCUGGUGCUUUUGAUGGCGACACCCGGCCGACUGUCAUAGGGUUACUGCAGCAGAUGACGCGACACAAAAGCCAGGCGGGCGCGAGUACAAGCAACGACGGCGACGACCUGAGAUCCGUCGACCCUGAGCAUCCGUCGACAGAUCCGCGCCCCUCUUUUCCGUCUGGACUCUAA